CACACCCAGGUGACAGAAGCUGAUAGACGAAGAGCUGAAGACAUGGCACCAACGCGUAAUGCAAAACCAGGAGACCUGAUCGAGAUAUCCCGUGGGCUCUAUAAGCACUGGGCCGUCUACAUCGGAGAUAAUGAAGUGGUUCAUUUCGGUAAAGGCGGUGGUAACUCAUCUGGCUCGUCCAACUUUCUGAGCCGAAGCCCCGGAGAGGUGAAGCGUGAGAAGUUCAGCAAAGUGGUCGGCAGUCACAGUUGGAAGGUCAACAAUCUGCUGGAUGAAAAGUACCAUGCUCGUGACCCUUCCGUCAUAGUGAAGGAGGCCUGUGCGAUGGUGGGCCGCGAUCGAAAGUACAACGUUGCCGAGUCCAACUGUGAGCACUUUGCUACCAACAUGCGAUACGGCAAGCCAGAGUCUCGACAGGUGAGAAAGGUCGCUAUUGCUGCCACCGUCGUAAACACCACAGGCACCGUGGCCGCAGCAUUCGGCACAGGAGCCGCACUCGCCGCCGGAGCCCCCGUUAUCGUAGCAGGACUCGUGGUAGCCGGGGCAGUGGCUGGCUUUGGUGCUGUGUUGGGCAUUAACGAUUUAACCAAUUAAGAGGAACAGGAAGACAACAAGAAGAAUACAAGAAUAAAUUCCAAACACUGGCAACAAUGUAUGUUUGCAUGUAGCUGACAGUGAUUAUGAUUUAAACUUUUUAAAUCAACGAUUUCACUCCUGCAGUGUCAGUGGUCAUAGAUCAAAGGAAUCUUAAUGUCUUGCAAAGGUGACGUCUCUCUCUCUCAGAAUUGGUACAUUUCUAAAAACGUGUAAACGUUUAGGUGCGGCGAAGGUUCAUCCUUCCUUUCUGUUUUUCUAUAUCCAUUGAUUUAUAUGUUAAUAUCUACAUUAAUACAUUUAUUUGUGAAUUAACACCUUAUUACUGUAUUUCUACACGUACUCAUUUAUUUGUAUAUUUUUCUACAUUUCACUAUACUUUUUUGUGACAUUUCAUUGUCAUACAUAUUCAGUGAUGACCCUCAUACUGAUACUACUACCACUGCAGAUGCCUGUUUUACCUGCUUUAUUUGUAUUAUUAUUACUAUAUUACUGUAGUAUUAUGUCUUUGACAUGACAAUGGAUACUUUGAUGAGGGAAGUAAAUGGGCAGGAUCUUUGUGUAACACCUCUGUUUGCUGUGAGGGCAGACUCUGUAGCCCCCCCUACUGAGGACAUCAGAUACUGCACUUCUCUUGCACUUCUCCUGAGACCUGCUUUUGUAAAUUGUAAACGAGUAGAAUGUAAUAGAUGUAGUGUGUAUUUCGAAGAAAUUCGACUCUCACAGAAAAAACAUGUCUUAUACACAACCCUUCGAUGUUCAGGUUAACACAACAUCAAAACUCACACUUCAAAAGGUUACUUGAGAAAGAUCAUGGCUUGCUGGCCGGUUAGAAUACGAUUUAAAGUAUCAUUGCAUGACACAGCUUUCAAUCAUAUGGGCACAAUCUUCUUCAGAGUUUGUCAUGGACUUCCAGACGUUCACAUUUCCUUUUUUUCAAAGGACUUCUUUAUAAAGCAACUCAACUAGUCAUCAAAUUGUCUCCUCAUCUGCUGAGGAUGAUCAUGACUGAAAGAUCCAAAAUGGCCCGUGAGUGGAUCUUGUGAAGCCUGUGGUGAGACUGAAUGGCAACAUCAAAAACAUUUGCAGUUUACUCACUUUAUUUCCAGCAUUAUAUAUAUUUUUGAAUCUGAUCAUUCUUUAUACGUAAAAAAAAAUAAA